CGGCUGGUCGUGGUCGCAGUUUCAAAUGACUUCUCAUUCAAAGGAUCGUGCAGACACAAUGGAUGGACUUUACGAAUAGGAAUUUCAUGCUCUGAAAACACUGAUCGUUAUUAUUUGUGUGCAUUUUGCACUUAUUUCCAAGGAAUAUCUUUGAAGGAUUAUUUUCUUUCAUCUGCUUAUUUUUCUCCAAAGACUUGGAAUCGUUUUAUUUGUUACAAAUAGUGUACAUAAUUUUUAUACCGUUACAAUUCGGAUGUGUUUCUAGUUGGGGUAAGUUGAUCACAAUACAGAUGUAGGAUCUUAAUUUGAUCACUAUUUUGCUGCUGAGAAUUCGUAGUGUAUUUAAGGUUUAAAAAGGCUUCUAAAGUUUGUAAUUUCCACUAAAAUGCCCUAACGAAAAUUGUAUGAAUUGUAUAAAUGUCAAUUAAUUAUAAUCCACAAAAUAAUUAACAUUUCCUGUUGCUGCAAGAUUAUUUUCAUACUGUAGCAAACUGGCUCAAAUUAAGAUCCUACAUCUAUCUGUGUGUUCACUGUGAGCAUGAUUAUUUGUAACAAGGAAACUUUCAAAACAAAAGUGUUAAGUAAUGCAUUUGACCUAUAAAUGACAGUGUUUUGAGGGUUGCACUUUGAGUGAAGGCAAAAACAACUUAAAGAUAGCAGAUCUUGACUUUUACUUAAUGAUGACAGAUCUUGACUUUUACAAACAAAAAAUAUUUCCAUAAGCACCUUUAUAAAUCCCAGACACUCAUAUCUGAUAUAAUUUCAUGUGAUGUGAAGCUUUAAAUAGACUUUAACUGUGUUAUUGUUUUGCUCAAGUCUGCAGCAUGGCCUGUAUAAUUACUUGUCUGGCAUGCAUUAACCUUCAUUACUCACUAGUGUUAUGACUGAGUGUGGUUCAGCCCAACAGAGUUCUAUGGAAGGCAAGGCGCUUCCCACAUAAUAAGAGCGCAUGAGUCAAGAGUAAUAAACAGUGCCAGUGGUGUGGGUUGGGUUGUGUUUAUCCUGUCUGGGCUACAGUACAGUACAGUAGUUACAUGGUUAGAUUGUUACAGUAGACUGGGGAACAGACAAACAGGGUGGGAUAUGUGUGGGAAUGAGAUUUCUUAGAAACAAUAUCCAUCUUAUUUUAUGACAUUUACUUCUCUAUCAGAUGUUCAGUUCUUAUUUUUCUAGGCUAUGGAACAGACAAAACAGGGUGGGACAUGAGGUUUCUUAUUCCUUCCGUCUUAUUAACAGUAUCCACCCUUAUUGGACAUUAUAUCCAAGAUCGAUACAGUAUAAUGUAGCUGUUUUAUUUUAUAACUCUUGUAUAUUUGCUUCUCUAUCAGACAGAAGAGGUUCUUAUCUGUUUCCACGUAACCCGUAUGAACCUAUUCAUCCCCAGCCAGGCUGUAGUGUAAUGUCAGCCUGUUGGUCAGUCAGAGAAUGUCACUUUCAUUCAAAUGUAGUAGGCUCUAGUAGGCCUUAUCCUUACUUGGUGGGGGGGGGGGGGUACAUGUUGUAGUAAUGCUAGUUGGUGAUUGGUUGAAAACAUCUAUUGUGUGGUAGAUCAUCAGCUCCUGUUGUAGCAGGUCACCGUCAUUAACGCUGUCUGUCUGUCUGUCCAGACUAAAGAAUAAAGUACCUUUAAUCUCUUAACGGUGUUAAGGAAGCCAGCAGGGAGAGAAAAGGGAUGUGCCAGGAUGGCAGGUGAAUGAGACAGUGGCAUAAACAGGCUUACCAGAAUGUAGAAGACUCAGCAGGAGUAAGGACAUGAGACAGUGGCAUAGUCAGGCUUACAACCAGCAUGGUGUAGACUUAAAAUCAGGAGUAGUGGGUAAAUAACAUUAGGGUAACUUAUCACACACUGACGGUAGUUAUUACAUAAAUUAUUACCGUUUUUUACAGCUUUUCUCCCUGUCACACACACAUAAACACAAGCGCAUGCACACGCACACACACACGCACACACACGUUUCUUGGGGAAAUAACAUUCAGUUGAAACCAGAAAAAAAUAAUGUGUUUAGUUAUGAGUUUAAGAGAAGAACAAAGAUUUUACAUUGUUUUUAUAUUUUCAAUCUCUUCAACAGGUCAUUAUGCCUCCCACGACACCAUACACUGGCAAGUUCAGCCCCAGCCCUUACAACAACAACAACAAUCUGCACAAAUACCACCAGCCCAUGGAAGCGAGCUACGGGGACAUGUGCUACCAUGACAACAGUCUUGUUUCGGGCUCCCUGGAGGCCCUAAUACAACACUUAGUUCCCACAGUAGACUACUACCCUGACGUGAGUCUUAUCUCUGGUCCAACAAACAACAAAAACAUAAAAGAUAAAAAAUGUAAUCAUACAAACAUAUUUGGGGUUAUGAAAGGGGAAGACUGUUAAGCUCAUAAGGCUUAACUUGUAUAUUCUUCAAGAGCAAAUGUUUGUACUGUACAGUGGACUACUACUCUGAUGUGUGUUGUUAUCUCUGGUCCAAAAUGCUCUAUCAAGGGGACUCUAAUGACAACAACAAAAACAUAAACAAGGGAAUAAUACAACCUGUUGUUAUGCCAAAUAGGCUACAGUUAUAUUUUGGGUUGUGUACUAAGUCCAUACGUUAUAUUCCUAAAGAACAAAUGGGUAGACUCACUCAGAAUGUAUAUAUCAUUAACUGAAAUGACCAUUGAACAGCAGGAAAUGUGCCAUAUUGUGCUGGGUUGGUGUUGGGUUGACGACAACGUGAGUUGAUGUUAAUGAUAUUUUUUCUUGUUCUCCAUCAGAGGUCGUACGUCUUCACCUUCCUGCUGAGUUCCCGUCUCUUCCUCCACCCGUAUGAGCUCAUGUCUCGGGUGUGUCACCUGUGUGUGGAGCAGCAUAGAUCUGGAGACCUGCUGCUUGAUAAGGUGUCUAACACACACACAAACAGAGAUACAGUAGUUUUAAACAACCAAGAGUGGACACCACCUCUUUACAGUCUGUCUAACACUGGCAUAUCUUUCUCCUUGCUGUCCUCAGAUCAGAAUACGAGACGUCGCUCCAAAGAUCGUGCAGCUGCUGACAGAGUGGACGGAGACAUUUCCCUAUGACUUCAGAGAUGAGAGGAUGAUGCGCUGCCUGAAAGAGAUGAGUCAUCAUCUGACCAGAGGAGAUGAGGUCAGUACCCUGAUAUAACCUCUGACUAACUGACUCAUUAGAGAUGACAAUAGACAUGACAUCAGACAUUUGAUUUGACCAGUUAUGGUUGAGUUUGACAUCAGACACCUUAUUUAGCGCAAAUUGAGCUUGAUCAAGGAUGAACUGAACUGCUGCCUUGUGCUGAUAGUCCUAUAUCAUUAGGUGUGUUAUAUGUUCACUUGUGGUACGUCAUGGUGUGUGUUGUGUGUUCCAUGGGUCAUAUGUUUUAUAUCAGCAUAGAUAGCGUAGGAGGUGAGAAUACACACCCACAAGUUCACAAGUUUCAGACUUCGAUAAUGAACUCAGCACCCUCGUCAUUAUAUCAGCACAGAUAAAAAAUAUACCUUGAUAUGGAUUUCUCUCUCUCUUGAUGUUGUCUUAUAUCAGUACUUGAAGAGAUUGUUUCCAAAACGCUAUAUAUCCAUUUUCAGAAAUGUUGGUAAAUUAGCUUUCAUUGUUUCAAGAAAUUAUGAAAGAGAUUGGUGUGUUUUUUCACUAUCUAAUCAUGGCAUGGGUUCAAUUACAGACAUGUAUUAAAAUCUAUCUCUUGAUGGUUUCAUUUCAGAUAGACAAAUAACUGUUUUUUGCUAAAUGCUAUAUAUCCCCCUCACUCGCAGAUAAAUAAAUAACAAGUAACACAUAACUACAUCAAAUGUAACAAAUAACUACAUUUUUUAUAAAGAAAUGUACAAAUUAUACAUUUGUGACAUCAAUAUAUACAACAAAAAAAUGUAUAAACUAAAUCAAUACAGUAGUAUGAGAUUUAUAUGUAAAACAUUUACAAUUGCCAUUUUAGUCAUUUAGCAGAUGCUUUUAUCCAGACAACUUACAGUAAAAGCAUUCAUCUUAAGAUAGCUAGGUGAGACAACCACAUAUCAAAGUCAAAUAUGUAGGACAUGAACGUCCCAUUCGAGCUAAACAAUGGAUAUAUAGCGUUUUGCAAAAAGAAAAUAUAUAUUCAUACACAUCUAAAAUCCAUGAAUAAAAAAUCUGAGAACAGUAUUAUUUUACACACACAUGAAGGUACUCAUAAGCAAUUAUUUCUGAUGAAAAAAAAACACAAAUGUGAAAAAUUUGUGGAUAUAGCAUUUUGGAAAUAAACGAUUCACUUGUAUACAAUACAUACGGUAUAUUGAUCUCUCUUUAUGUUGUUUUAUAUCAGUACUCGUGGAGGGCCAUGCAGCAGAUGACUCAGCGGUUAAUCCGAAGGUUGGCAGCCCUGGGUCAGUAUGAGGAGGCUAUCGCCACACUCAAUGCCUCCGCAGCCGAGAGACCCAGUGCUCUGAAGACCAAACAGCAGAACGGACAAAGGAGUGACGUACUGAGCAUCAGUGAUGAUGCUUUUAUUCUAGCCCAGCAGCUCACACACAUUGAACUGGUGAGGAGAGAACAUACUGUAGAUCAUACUGUGUACUGUAUUCAUGAUAUGUGGUGUUCAGAGAAGUUCAAACUCAAUGGCCGUUUUGAUCAUUAGAAUUGAGUGUUGAUUAGAAGAAGUCACUACAGAGUACCCAUGAUCUAUCAAUUAAUGUACUGUACGGUUAGAAAUACAGUAUUGCUUUAGAAAUAUUUGCUUAUUAUACUUUUUUAAAUUCCACUUCUAGGACAGACUGAGUUUUAUCGGACCAGAAGAGUUCAUUCAAGCCUUUGGUGUGAAAGAUCCCCUGGACAACCAUAAGGUAGGCCUUGUCCACUACCUUGUACAUAACAUUGUCCAAUACCUUCCACAUAACAUUGUCCACUACCUUCCACAUAACAUUGUCCACUACCUUCCACAUAAUAUUGUCCAAUACCUUCCACAUUGUCCAAUACCUUCCACAUAAUGUUUUCCAGUACCUUCAAACAUAACAUUGUCCAAUACCUUCCAUAUAACAUUGUCCACUACCUUCCACAUAACAUUGUCCAAUUUCUUCCACAUAACAUUUUCCACUACCUUUCACAUAACAUUGUCCACUACCUUCCACAUAACAUUGUCAACGACCUUCCACAUAACAUUGUCCACUACCUUCCACAUAACAUUGUCCACUACAUGCCAUAUAACAGUAUCCACUACCUUCCACAUAACAUUGUCCACUACCUUCCACUGGUUACCUUCUGUCAGUCAUUAUGGUGAGGCUACUGAAUGGGUUGUGGCUGACUUCAUUGUGUAAGUCCGUUAAGAGUUAUCAACAGAGUACAUCACAACAAGUAGUCAUGAACAGACUGGGAGAAACAACUCUAGCCCAGAUACAUUUUACAAGAAAAGAAACAGAAUGUAUUGAAAUGCUCCAACAACAACAGAUCCAUCAUGGACAUCAUACUAGUAAAAAAGUAACCUUGACCUGUCCUUCCCCUCAGAGUUUCUUUCGAAAACGCAAGACCACUAACCUGGAGGCUUAUGUAGCUUGGUUCAACAGACUCAGCUACCUGGUGGCAACUGAAAUCUGUAUGGUGGGUGCUCUCUUUCUUUCUCACGUUCUGUCUCCCUCUCUCUGUCUCUAUCUCUCUCCCUCGUCUACUAUCAUGCUCUCUCCGUCUACCUUAUUUCCCUAUCUCCCUUGUGUCUGUUAUCCUUUCUUUCUCACACUGUUCCAAUGGCUUCCUGUUUUUCUUCCUUCCAGCCAGUGAAGAAAAAGCACAGAGCUCGGGCCUUGGAGUUCUUCAUAGACGUGGCCAGAGAAUGCUUCAACAUCGGCAACUUCAACUCACUCAUGGCUAUCAUCAGUAAGUAACAAUACAUGGCUCUAGAAUGUUUUUUAUUUUUUAUUCUACAAUAGAAAUUGGAAUUUCAGUUUACUUCCUGAAUUCACUGAAUUGAAAUGAAAUUGAUCCCUAAACCUGCUCUCCUCUCCCCACAGCUGGAAUGAACAUGAGUCCUGUGUCUCGACUGAAGAAGACCUGGAGCAAAGUCAACACAGACAAGUUUGACAUACUGGAGCACCAAAUGGACCCCUCCAGUAACUUCAGUAACUACCGUACUGCCCUGCGAGGAGCCACCCAGAGAUCUAUCACAGCACACAGCAACCAGGAGAAGAUAGUCAUUCCAUUCUUCAGCCUUCUAAUCAAGGAUAUCUACUUCCUCAAUGAAGGAUGUGCCAGCCGGCUACCCAACGGUCAUGUCAACUUUGAAGUGAGUCUGAGUAAUGUACAGUAAAUGCAUUAUUGCUCUGUAUUACUAAUAAUGACAAGACUAUUACUGUACUGGUUUCCCUCGACUAAGGCGCAUGUUCAGUGGUGAAUCUCCAUUGAAAUAGAUUUUUAGUCUAGGACUAGGCUCCAUCUGGGUCCAGGAAAUUGGCUUUUUGUGUUUAAGUAGCAGGUGAAAAACACAUUGUUGUCAAUAUUUUUCAUUUCAAUGAAUGUUAAUUUCCUGUUUCUCUAUAGAAACUGUGGGACUUGGCGAAGCAGGUCAGUGAGUUCCUGGUGUGGCGUCAGGUGACGUGUCCCUUCGAGAGAGACAGGAAGAUUCUCCAGUACCUCGUCACAACGCCCGUCUUCACCGAGGAUGGUGAGUGGUGUCCACAGAUACAUUACAUUAAGAUGUUAAUUAUUUAGAACAGUACAAAAUGUGCAGCGCCUGUGGUCUAGUGGUACCCACACCUGACCUGGCUGUUUGCACAUGUGUACUCCCCACGUCGUCCACAAUUCCUACUGUAUCUCCUCCCUUUCUAAUUCUGUACUGUCUAAAUAAAGGAUACAACAUAUAAAUGGAGGAUGAAAGUCCACUCUCCUGUAAAAAGUACAAAACCUACUAUAAUCAGUACUGCAUCUUAUAACAUUGGCUUCAGUGUUAGUAAUGUAUUUUCUCUUUGUCGCUUCUCCAGAGCUGCAUUUGGCCUCCUACGAGAGCGAAGGUCCUGAGAACCACAUGGAGAAGGACAGUCGCAGGUCUCUCAGGUGUGUAACUUGACUUGAUUUUUUACUUGACUUUACACAUGGAUUUGUACUCAUACAUGGUGCACUGUUUUUAUUUCAAACCAUUGUAUUAUGUGUCCUAUAUUGCAGGUCAUCCCUAUUUCACAGAGAGCAUCGGUGAGUGGUGGUCUGGGUGAUAUUCCAUCCCAGCUAAAGAGGCUCAAGUUCGACAGGUUCUUGAAAGAAUGGAGAAAGAUGGGAGAAAGAAGUGUUCAAAGCACUCAGACAAAGGAUGCCUCCCUCCAUGGCUGAAGAACUGAAGAUCUUGCCUCUCGCACUGUACAUUGACAGAUGACUCAUUUGUAACGUGUCUACCCACACAGUAUUACUGUUCUUUUUUUAUACCAAUGGGUCGAAAUGGUUACUGAUCAUUUUCUAUGCUUUUCUGAAGUAGUCAUUCUGAAGUGUAAUGAGCUUGUUGCUGGUUGGCUUGCUCAGUCUUCUUUUAAUGUAAGCUAUUUCUUUUAUGUUUUUGUUCUUACCCUGUGUUUUGCAUAUGUUAGGAAUGAAUUACUUACAUAUUUGUGAUGAAUCUUAAAAGAUACAAAAAACAAACCUCGAAACUCAUCUCAUCUUUGGUGAAAGGAAUAUGAAUAUGACUGAAUAGCCAGCGGUGAAUAGUUAACUCUGUUUUUUUAAUUGUAUUAUGUGUUUGUUUACCUUACAGCUAUUACUUUUUAUGAAUGUUUUAUGUAUUCUCUUCUUUUUUUACUAUGUGGUUUUGUAUCAUGUAUGUGUUUAUUGUUUGGCCACCCCAAUGUGUUACUUAUCAGGGUACUCUACAUUAAGUUCUUAUGCGAAAUAAGAGGUAUAUUUUUAUUUUGAAAAACAAUUAAAGAACAUUUAAAGGUGAGUUUUUUCUGUCUCUGUAAAUAUCACUCUAGCGCC